UGAAUUUUACUGUAUAUGCUUACAUGACAUUUAAAAUAAAAAUAAGUUCCAAUUUAAAAAUGAUACUUCUAAAAAAAUACACAAAAGAAAUGAAAGCAUAGACUCAAAUAGAUAAUUGUACACCAAUUUCAUAGCAGCAUUAUCAACAAUAGCCAAAAGGUGAAAACCACCUAAAUAUUCAUCAACAUAUAAAAUAAUGAACAAAAUGUCAUAUAUACAUAUGCAAUGGUAUAUUAUUUAGCCUUAAAAAGGAAUAAAAUCCUGUCACAUGCUACAAUAUGAUGAAUCCUGAGGACAUUAUGCUAAGUGAAAGCCAGACACAAAAGGACAAAUAUUGUAGGAUUUUACUUAUAUGAGGCACCCAGAAUAGGCAAACUCAUACAGACAGAAAGUAUGAUAGAAGUUACCAGGGGCUGGUAGAAGGAAUAGUGGGGAUUAUUGUCAAAUAAAGUUUCCAUUGGGAUGACGAACAAAUUCUGGAAAUGGAUAAUGAUGAUGAUUUGCACAACAUUGGGAAUAUAAUUAUUGCCACUGAACUGUAUGAUUAAAAGUGUUAAAAUGGUGUUAAAAGGAUUCUGUUCCUGCUUAGAAUUUCAAAAGCAACAGAAGCAUAUCACUCCCACCCUAACAAUGAGAAAAACCUGAACAAUCUAUAAAAUCAUAAUUUUUUGGACCCACCAGAAAGCUGAAGUCACAAGGCAAACUGAGUCACAAAGUAUACUGAUUCAAAAGGGUAACAAGCUCCUCCAAGAAGAAAUGGAUCACAUGAAUUGCUUCAACUUUGGAAGAAGAGGUGGUACUUGUAAAAGCUGGUAAGCAGGACUGGAUUUGAGCGAAUGCGUGUGUGGGCAUCAUCCAAUUGGUUGAGAGAUUGAUAGAACAAAAAGAUUGGGGAAGGUUGGAUUCCUAGCCCUGUCAGAUCCUAUUUCAAGUUUAGAUACGUUCUUUGUCCUGGAUGUUUUUGCACUCGUUUUUAUCAUUAAAGGCAUUACGUUAAAAUAUUACUCUGGAUUCCUGAGAUUUUUGGCACCCCUUUACAUUUUGCAAUGGAAACAAGUGCCUCACUCAUCUCACCCCAGUUCGGGCCUUGCAGGGCACUUUUAUAGAGAAAGUAAUUUUGUUCACCAAAUAAAACGAAGCUAGUCUUUGCCCCAGCAGUUUGCUUUCCCAGGUAAGGAGAGAUCAGAUAUAAAAUGUAGAUGUGCUCUGGAUUUAUUCUUGGUUGAGGAUUGCACCAGGCAGCAGCAACAAAACGAUUUUGAUUUGCUGAGUUCGAAUCUAAUUGAUCCACACAGGUUUCCCUAUUGCUCGCUAUGCUUAGGUCUGGCGUGGCCCACUGGCUUUUGACAGGGUGGCUUUUAUUUUGGAAGUCUGAGGACGCACUGGACGGUCGCCACAUGGGGAUUUCUGGUCGAGCAGUUUUCAGAGAAUGAAAUCAGUUCCUUUGCGCUUUUCCUGGGAGCAUUUGCUGAGCGCCAGACUUAAGUUCGCCUUUCUAGGCCCAGAUUGCACAAGGGGCAAGCAAAGCGUCAGAACAGCGCCCCCUGUCGGCGGCGAAGGCGUGGCGGCCCGCGGACCGGCGGACCCCGGGGCAUACCCGCCGUCUGGGUGCACAGGCCCAGGGGCCCCACGACCUCGGUUGUCGGGACCGUGGGCUCCACUCAGGAGCCCACCGAAUCCUUCGGCCUGACCAGGCGGGGGGUCUUCUUCCCAGUCCGCGGAAGCCAGGUCCAGGAGACGGCGGGGCUCGCUGUGCCUCCGGACCUACACUCUGCUCGUGGCCCGAUCUCUGCAAAGCGUCCACUUUGGAAAGAAGUUUCACUUGCAGGGAAGGCGUAUGUACACAAUGAUGGUCCGUGUGUCCGGGAUGUGAAUGCCAACCAAGACUGCGUCCGUUGGAGUGUGCGCGAGUCCUCCAUGAGGGUGCUUCUGGCAGUCACAGUUCACGAGUUAGCGAGAAGAUGGCUGGGAGGAGGCGAGCCCCCGCCCCCGGGGCACGCAUUUCGAACUCCAUAGGCUGUCUUACCCGAAUGGUGCUGCAUGGAGGCUGCCUGCCUGCAACAGGACCAAGAUGCUGAGAGCCAGGAAGGGGGAGAACUUUUGGAAGCUCAUGACACCUCUCUGCAAGGGAAGAAUGAGAUACCAGUGUCUUCUAAAAGAAUAGCUGAGGAGCUCAACAUGAAGGAGGAAGGAUAUGUCAUUCUUUGCAGUGACACAAUCAGAAAAGGUACCGCUCCCCCACCUAAAUAUAAGGAAUAAGUGAUUUUCAGAAGAGACAGGAGAAGAAGGGAACAAAUGUCCUGGUCCUUGUCUCCUUGUCAACAAAAGAUGUACUGGUAUCCUUUGAAAGGGGACAGAGAGGAUGCCAGCUGAACUGGGGGCACUAAGUUCUCUGCUUUGUGAAAAUGAAUCUGCAAUGAACUCCUGGUCUUUGUCUGGAUGCCCAUCUUUCUGCAAGUUGUCAGCAGAAGCUUUGCAAUGUGGCUACUUGGUGAGUUCACAUACAGCCCAACACAUAGUUCUGAUGGAGCCUGAAAAUCAGCCCUGAAAAGUUCUCCUUAGAGGAUGCCUCUGAAGUGAGAGGCAUGAAAAAAGAGGCUAACCUUCAGAGAGGCGGCAUGGGUUUCCGGAAGUUCUCCCCCUUCCUGGCUCUCAGUAUCUUGGUCCUGUACCAGGCGGGCAGCCUCCAGGCGGCGCCAUUCAGGUCUGCCCUGGAGAGCAGCGCAGACCCGGCCACCCUCAGUAAAGAGGACGCGCGCCUCCUGCUGGCUGCACUGGUGCAGGACUAUGUGCAGAUGAAGGCCAGUGAGCUGAAGCAGGAGCAGGAGACACAGGGCUCCAGCUCCACUGCCCAGAAGAGAGCCUGCAACACUGCCACCUGUGUGACUCAUCGGCUGGCAGGCUUGCUGAGCAGAUCAGGGGGCAUGGUGAAGAGCAACUUCGUGCCUACCAAUGUGGGUUCCAAAGCCUUUGGCAGGCGCCGCAGGGACAUUCCAGCCUGAGCAGAUGAAUGACUCCAGGAGGAAGGUUAUCAUGAAACUGAACUAACCAUUUCUAUUAAUUUCUGUUGGCAACAACUUGGUGAGAAUGCCCCAUGGAAGAUAUACAUGUUUGCAUCCUAAGAUACUGAAAAAAAGGCACCUUUGUCACUUGAAAGGAAUGAAACUGAAUGCAAAAUAAGCUAAUUCCAUAUUUGCUGUACAUCAUUUUUAUAUUUAGUUCUAUGUCCAGUAAAAGUGAUGGCGUCUCUCAUUGACUUAUCUGGUAGCAAACUGGUUCUUUCAGAGCCAUCCUGUUGAUCAUGCAGCUCCGCCAAACCUUAGGGGGACAUGAAAUCACUGCCUGUUGUGGUCUCUGAGGACACAUGGUAAUGGUGAUGCUGUGCCUUGUUAUCUAAGAACAUGAUUGUAUAAUUUGUUUAAGAAAAUGUCAAUAUUGUGCCAUUUGUGAACUUCAUCAAGAUUAAAAGCAUAUUUUGGGUACAUUUGUUUCAAAACCUUGGUGAUGCAUUACAACUUGUUUUCCUAUGUAAUAAUAAUGAUGAUGAUGAUGAUAAUAAAUAUUUUUGAGUGCUUACUA